AUGACGACUCCAUAUUACCGACAAAACCACCCAGAACAGGCCUGGCUUGAUGUUUCUCUAAAGGAGGAUACGGCAGUCUAUUUCCGGUUCCCGCUUCUUCUCAAUGGCAUCCAAUUUCUCUUCAAUGCCCUGUUCGCUGGGCUCUAUGUUUUAUGCGACGCUCUCUCAACCGCUUCUGAUGCCGAGUCAAGAAAACCCAGACUCGCUGCAAUUCCGCCGCUACUGUUUGUGACACUGGCGAAUAACUUCGGCUCGCAGUUAGGGAGCGCUGCUUUGGCACACGUUGAUUAUUCUGCUCUAUUGAUCAGCAAAUCUUGCAUGCUCGUCCCCGUUGUGAUUCUCAAUGUUGUGCUACUGCAGAAGCAGUAUCCAGCUCACAGGUAUUUCCUAUUUUUGGCCGUGACAUUCGGCCUUGUCCUAUUUACUGCACCGGACUCAAGCAUAAAAGAGCGUACAUAUUCUUAUGCGAGCUGGGCCAGGGGCUCCUUAUUGCUUCUCUCAAAUUUAUUUCUCGAUGGCUCGACAUAUAUUGUCUUAGAGCACAUCGGAAACCAUCCACAUCGCUACGGAGCGCUGUCGGGCCCAUAUCGGAUGCUAAUCCUGAAUAUAACUGCGACAACAGUGACUUUCACUCAUCUGAUCUUGCCACAAGUUCCCCUUUUGCGAAGCUUACAUCUAGUUAAAAGCAAGGAAAAUCUUGCGGCGGCCUUUGACUUCGUGGGGCAUCAUCCUGCUGCUCUAUACGAUAUUGUUAAAUUUGCUACAGCUAGUGCAUUGGCGCAAAUGUUGCUUUACAUCAUUUUCCGGGAGUUUUCUAGCCUUCUACAGGUACAGAUAAGAGUGGUGCGGAAGACUCUAUCCAUGCUCCUGAGUUUGAUUUGGUUCAGAAAAUGCCUUGCAGGAAGACAGCUCGUGGGUGCUAUUCUUGUGUUCGGAGCAAUAAGUCUCGAGGCCUCGACUCAAAAAGGGGGCGCGUCUGCACGGAAAAAAAGAAAGACGGCAUGA